GUUUACGGUACAGCAGUGGCAGCCUUCUAGCUUGAGCUAACGUUAGCUAGAAUGUUCUAGCACAUGUUUCUGUGUUUAAAGGUGGAGUUUAAAGAGUUAACCUGCUAUAAAAAGACUCAGUGUGUCCAUUUAUCCAACACAGCUUUAUAGGACUACUGUAAAGACAGACAGUGCACAUCAUGGCAGAAGACAAACCAGACCAGACCAGGAGGUACCCCCAGAACCUGCAGGGGGUCCUGCAGCUGGCGGUGGAUGCUGGAUCAGCCGCAGAGGGACCGGCCUCUGUUGAACCCAUGACAGAGGAGAGGAAAACGUGGCUGAGAGAUGCUCUUGCAGAAGUCUGUAGAGGGCAGAUGGAUGAAGUGGAGCAGAUGAAGCAGUGCUUAGCCGUCUUAUGCAAAGAGGGAACGAGCGAAAGGGAGCGAGAAGGAGAGGAUGAAGAGGAUGAAGAUGUGCGGGAAACAGCCUUUGAGACGCUGUCAGAGUUGUGUGAGAACCUGGACAAUGCUAGAGACCUAAUGACUCUUGGUGGACUGGAUCUGUGCUCCUCCCAGUAUCUGUGUCAUGCUCAAAGUGGACUGAGGUGGCGUGCUGCCCAGCUUAUCGCUUCCUGCGCCCAGAACAUGCCGGAGGUGCAGAUCUACUUGCUUAGCAUCGGUGCGCUGCCAAAGCUGCUGCAGCUGACCGACUCAGACCCCAACCCCACCGUCAGAGUAAAAGCCCUCUACGCUGUGUCAUGUCUGGUUCGAGAGCAGGAGGCAGGACUCCAGGCGUUCUUGUCCCACGAUGGCUUCUCGAUGCUGAUGCGAGGAAUGCAGUCUGACAACGAGAAGCUCAGGACCAAGUCUGCAUUCCUUCUGCUCAACCUGCUCAUGGCACAUCCCGAACAGAAAGACACCGUUGUCUCUAUGGGUAUGGGGCAGCAACUGGUAUCUGUUCUCCGCACACCACACUCACCUUUCCAUGAACACGUGCUCGGCGCCCUUUGCUGUCUGGUGGAAGACUGUCCACAGGGUCUGAAAGACUGCAGGAAUCCUGCUCUGGGUCUGGAGGAGUUACUCAGACAGCGAUCCAGAGAGCUCAAAGGACAAGAAGAGAGUCAGGAAGAACUGGACUUCUGUGAGCGAUUGAGGGUUAUUUGUUUCCGCGGGCAACAGUCGGAUGACAAUGGGAUGGAUCGCUGAAGUCUUAUUUACCUCACCCUUUUUGGUAUCCGUGUGCAAGGAUGUAACAAGACAUUCAUGAUCUGGGUCUUGUUUCAGAAAGCAGGUUCAACAAACUCUGAGCCUCGGCCUGAAAUCUGAGUCGAUGAAAAACUCUGAAUUUUUGGUUUCAGAACAGCUGAUCAAAGUUUGUUCAAUCAAUUCUAAUUGGUUCACUCCGAGUCAAGCUCAUGCAUGGUGAAUUAAAAAAGCCAUCAACAAUGGAGCUCUGAUACUACGAUUCACCGUGGCAACAGGUAAAUAAAAGUAAAUAAUAAUGUGAUUGGUGAUGGUGUUACCAUGGUAACUGACCCAGAGUUUGCAUUCGCUCUCUUCCUGCAACUGAAAACCCAGAGUUUCCCUCAUCUCAGAGUUAACUAACUCAGAGUUUUCACUGAACCAGCUUUCUGAAACCGGGCCCUGGAUCGUGGAUGUUAAGAAACGUUUUUGAGUGUUACCACAGAGGCUGUCCAUACUUUGCAUGUCAUGCAGGAGCUGUAUUUUACUGUGUAAAUAGCUCUAAUGUAUAAAAUACUUUUUCAAGUCAGCUUUUAUUUUAGUCCACUCUUUUCAGUUUUCUUCAUAUCUUAAAUAUAAUACCUAACCAAAUACCAAUCUCCAUCACAGGUAGUGUGUAAGUAUUGAUAUGUAUAUCCCAGUGUUAAUUCAGUUACAUGUGCAAUUAAUUUUUAAUUGUUGUAAGUUAAGUUUGACUAAAGUCUCUGAUUUAAAAUA